UCGUCGUGCGGAUGGAGUGGGCGCGUCGGCGCUGAUGGUGCGGGAGGGGCUGCCCCCACGCAGCUGUGGCGUGGUCCUCGGUGCCUUGUGAGCCAUUCGGGCCGUUGUGGUGUGCGCUAUGCGCAGUGUGUGAGGGGCCGAGGCCGCAGGAUGUGCAGCAGCAGACAGCUGGUCACCGACUUCCUCCGUUACAAGCUGCAGCAGCGAGGCCACAGCUGGAGUCAGCUGUGUGAACAGGAUGGCGCGGCGGAGCCCGACCACCAGCCCGACGGGGUGGCCGCCGAACUGGACGGUGGGCCCGAGGCUGAGCGCACCUGCCAGGCCCUGCGAGAGGCGGCCGAGGAGUUCGAGCUGCGCUACCGCCGCGCCUUCAGCGAUCUGUCGGCGCAGCUGCGCGUCACCCCGGACACGGUCUACCGGCGCUUUGAGCAGGUGGUGGGCGAGUUGUUCCGAGACGGCGUCAAUUGGGGCCGUCUGGUCGCCUUCUUCUGCUUCGGAGCGGCGCUGUGUGUGGAGUGUGCCGAGAAGGAGAUGGGUGCACUGGUGCGGCGGAUCGCCCACUGGAUGAGCACUUAUCUGGAGAGCAACCUGGAGCCGUGGAUCCAACAAGAGGGAGGCUGGGAUGCCUUUGUGAUGUUAUACGGGAAUAAUGCUGCUGCUCGUAACCGUGAGAUACAGGAGAUGGCCAUGAAAUAUUUUAUGAGUGUAAUGGCUUUGGGAGCAGUGCUGGCCCUUGCUAUGUAUCUGGCCCGGAGAAGGUAACGGCUAUGAAACAACACUAAAAGAAGCAAGCCUCAGUCAACAACUGCUCCAUAUAAAGACACUCACAUUGGACUAGCACAAAUCCAAAAGCUGCUGCAAUGGAUCAGUUUAUUCCUGUAAUGGGACCAAUUCUCAGCUACUUGUACAUUACGUAUUGUGUAUGUGUAUUCAGUUUACAAAUAUGAACCAUUCAGGCUGGUGCUGUGACAGCAUGGAGAUAAUCUAGAACGACUGAAGAGAAGAUUUGUUUGAGGGAUUGAGAAGUGGAGCACUAACUGUGCCUCUACAGCUGACGUGACUGUGCGUUGGAUUGCCAAAAGUAAAGGUCAUGAGUUCAGUUUUCAGAGUUGUGACAAUAUGGGAUGCACCUUGACAUAGUGACUGAGCAGAAUGAAAGACAGACUGCACAAAAGGAAAACCAUGCCCUUGGGAUUCAAGAGUGAUGCAUUUGCAGCAUGAGAGAGCUGCUGUGUUCACAGGACAUCUGCAGCCAAGAAACCAAAGGAAGUAGUGAGGAAAUGCCCUCCCGGAAGGAGCUACCAGAAUAACGGAUGAUAGAGAAGGGCACACCACUUUGACAAGUUACUUACACAUUCAAUAUUCUAAUUGGCAAGCAUUGUGAUGGCUUUUGGGCAUCCACUCAGUGCCAACACUAAGCCAAUUCCAGUGGGAUGUAUUCUUGAACCCUCCUGGGUGGAUAAUGUGGAAAAGUUUGAGUCGGCCUUCAUGAUGCAGUCUGAAGUUUCACAGCAGGAAUCUGGAAGGGGUUUUCAACAGUUUCUCAUGAUGAUGUGAAAUUAUUAUUUGCAAAAGAUUGUGUGGAGUGCAGGCCCCCACAUUUCCUUAUUGUACAAAAUUUGUUUUAAAAGAUUGGAUCAUGUGGAUGCUGAAUGUGUGACAGUAGUCACUACUUAUUGUAAUCAUUCCUUGUUAGUUUGCUGCUUACACCACAUUAGGAGUAAGACUAUUUUACACAGAUAUCUUAAAGUUUAAAUUAAAAUGAUUUGUGUUUAAAUUAAACAUUAAAGUUCUGCUU